AUGACUCAUUCGGAAAACGCCAACGCCUCUCCAACUCCGGGAAAACCUUCGGAAAACUCGAACAGCGUGACGAGGAAAUUGCUACCGCUAGCAGCGUUUUUCGUCGCUUUUACCACCGUCAUGACCGUCUUGAUCGUCUACAUGGAUAACACAGCUAUAAAACACUACCAGUUCCGGGUGAACAUGAGCCAGGAUUACGAUCUUCUCGGAGUGUCCCAGGACGAUCCCCAAUUGGUGACUUACAUCAGAGAGGUUCACUUGAGCUCUGCGUACGAACCGAACCACAAACCAAAACAGGAACCGCGGAAAGAGGACGAGGAAAUGUCGGAAGAUACUGCUUUUGUUGUUCGUUUGUUAGACAAGAAAAACGGCUUCUUCGUCGAAGCCGGCGCCUACGACGACGGCCGCACGUCGAAAACCGCCUACCUGGAGCGGCGGCUCCGCUGGCGAGGCCUCCUCGUCCAGCCCGAUCCUCGGCGCUAUUUCGCCCUGAAGAAACAGGCCAGGCGCCUGUCGAAGGCCGUCCACGCCUGCCUCAGCCCCUCGCCCUACCCCAAGGAGGUCUCCGUCCGCACCGAAGGCGGCGAGGGCGUCGCGGCGACGCCGGGCCUGCUCGACGCCGACGGCGCCGAUUGGUUCAACACGAGAGUGAAGUGUUUCCCGUUGUAUUCGGUUCUGUUGGCCGCGAACGCGACGCGCGUGGAUUAUUUGGUGUUGAGUACCGGCGGUACCGAGUUGCAAGUACUCGAAACGGUGCCGUUUGGGAACGAGGUGGAGUUGAGGGUGAUUAACGUGAGGGGUGGCGGUGGUGAAUCGGGGGCGGUUAAAGAGUUUUUGGAGUCGAAAGGUUACGAGUUGGCGAAGAGUUUCGGGGAGUCUGAUGUGUUUUUGUUGAAGUCGAUGGGUUCCGGAUGA